CGGCUGGUGGGCGGAGCGAGAACGCGAGAGGGGCGGCCGCCAGGGCUCCGAGCCCGGGCUGCUCAGAGCAAGCAGUCCUCCGGGCGGGUCUGAGGUAGUGGAGGCUCCAUCUUCUCCUCCUCCGCCCUCAAAAGUAAACUUUGCCACUCUGCUCGCGGGGUCCUCAGUUCUCCUCGCAGUGCCUCCGGGCGGCGGGGGCCGGCGUCAGGGCCUGUCUGCCUCCCCGGGCGUGGGGCCUUGGGCGCCAUGGACGCGUCGGCGCUGGAGCGGGACGCCGUGCAGUUCGCGCGGCUGGCAGUGCAGCGCGACCACGAAGGCCGCUACUCUGAGGCGGUGUUUUACUACAAGGACUCAGUUAAACAACUUCUGUUCAAAAACUGGCCUACAAAAUGACGCUCAGUGGUAGCUGCUUUGGAAACAGCAUGAGGCCUGUGAGGUGUAGCACACAUUCAGCUCCUGCAGAGAGGGGCUGUCACUUGCAGAAAUCUGUCUGCUCUCAUUAGGAAGCUGCCCAAGCCUUAAUUUAUGCAGAGAUGGCAGGCUCCAGCCUAGAACGGAUCCAAGAAAAGAUCAGUGAAUAUCUGGAAAGAGUCCAAGCUCUACAUUCUGCAGUUCAGUCAAAAAGUACUGAUCCUUUGAAAUCAAAACAUCAGUUGGAUCUAGAGCGCGCCCACUUUCUUGUUACACAAGCUUUCGAUGAGGAUGAGAAGGGGAAUGUGGAAGAUGCCAUAGAGUUGUAUACAGAAGCCGUGGACCUCUGUCUGAAAACCUCUUAUGAAACUGCCGAUAAGACUCUGCAAAAUAAAUUGAAACAGUUGGCUCGACAGGCACUCGAUAGAGCAGAAGCAUUGAGUGAACCUUUGACAAAGCCAUUUUGCAAACUCAAGUCAACAAAUAUGAAAACAAAGACUCCUCCAGUAAGAACACAUUUUCCUCUAGGACCGAAUCCUUUCCUUGAAAAGCCUCAGCCGUUUAUAAGUCCACAGUCAUGUGAUGCACAAGGACAGAAGUACACGGCAGAAGAAAUAGAAGUGCUCAGGACAACAUCAAAAAUCAAUGGUGCAGAGUAUGUUCCUUUCAUGAGUGUUGAUCUGAGGGAGCGCUUUGCUUACCCAAUGCCUUUUUGUGAUAGAUUGGGCAAGCUUCCAUUAUCACCUAAACAAAAAGCUACAUUUUCUAAAUGGGUGCGACCGGAGGAUCUCACCAACAACCCUACAAUGAUAUACACUGUGUCCAGUUUUAGCAUAAAGCAGACUAUAGUAUCAGACUGUUCCUUUGUGGCAUCGUUGGCCAUCAGUGCAGCAUAUGAGAGACGAUUCAAUAAGAAGUUAAUCACCAGCAUAAUUUACCCACAGAAUAAGGAUGGAGAACCAGAGUAUAAUCCCUGUGGGAAGUAUAUGGUAAAACUUCAUCUCAAUGGUGUCCCAAGAAAGGUGAUAAUUGAUGAUCAGUUACCUGUUGAUCACAAAGGAGAAUUACUAUGUUCUUAUUCCAACAAUAAAAGUGAAUUAUGGGUGUCACUUAUAGAGAAAGCAUACAUGAAAGUUAUGGGAGGAUAUGAUUUCCCAGGAUCCAACUCAAAUAUUGAUCUGCAUGCACUGACUGGGUGGAUACCGGAACGGAUUGCCAUGCAUUCAGAUAGCCAGACCUUCAGUAAGGACAGUUCAUUCAGGAUGCUUUAUCAAAGAUUUCACAAAGGGGAUGUCCUCAUCACCGCAUCAACCGGAAUGAUGACUGAAGCUGAAGGGGAGAAGUGGGGCCUGGUUCCCACGCAUGCGUAUGCUGUGUUGGAUAUUAGAGAGUUCAAGGGGCUGAGAUUUAUUCAGUUAAAAAACCCUUGGAGCCAUUUACGCUGGAAAGGCAGGUACAGUGAAAAUGAUGUGAAAAACUGGACCCCAGAAUUGCAAAAGUAUUUAAACUUUGAUCCCCGAACAGCUCAGAAAAUAGAUAAUGGAAUAUUUUGGAUCUCCUGGGAUGACCUUUGCCAGUAUUAUGAUGUAGUUUAUUUGAGUUGGAACCCAGCUCUUUUUAAAGAGUCAACCUGCAUUCACAGUACUUGGGAUGCUAAACAAGGACCUGUGAAAGAUGCGUACAGCUUGGCCAACAACCCCCAGUACAAACUGGAGGUGCAGUGUCCACAAGGGGGUGCUGCAGUUUGGGUUUUGCUUAGUAGACACAUAACAGACAAGGAUGACUUUGCAAAUAACCGUGAGUUUAUCACAAUGGUUGUGUACAAGACUGACGGCAAGAAAGUCUAUUACCCAGCUGACCCAGCUCCAUACAUUGAUGGGAUUCGAAUUAACAGCCCUCACUACUUGACUAAGAUAAAGCUGACCACGCCUGGGACUCACACCUUCACCCUAGUGGUUUCUCAGUAUGAGAAACAGAAUACGAUUCAUUACACUGUCCGGGUAUAUUCAGCUUGCAGCUUUACUUUCUCGAAGAUCCCUUCACCAUACACCUUAUCAAAGCGGAUUAAUGGAAAGUGGAGUGGUCAAAGUGCUGGAGGAUGUGGAAAUUUUCAGGAGACUCACAAAAAUAACCCCAUCUACCAAUUCCAUAUCGAUAAGACUGGUCCGUUACUAAUUGAGCUGAGGGGACCAAGGCAAUACAGUGUUGGAUUUGAGGUUGUAGCAGUUUCCAUAGCGGGAGAUCCUGGUCCCCAUGGCUUUCAGAGGAAAUCUAGUGGUGACUAUAGGUGUGGAUUUUGCUACUUAGAACUGGAAAACAUACCUGCUGGGAUCUUUAAUGUCAUCCCCAGUACUUUUUUGCCUAAACAAGAAGGACCCUUUUUCUUGGACUUCAAUAGUACUGUCCCCAUCAAGACAACCCAACUCCAGUGAUAGGACUCUCAGCUAUUACUGGAUUCCAUACCCACCAGUCUUCAGCUUCAGACAAGGAGACACAUCAUGACGGUGAACCAUCAGAGUGGAAUUAAAUCAAAAGCGCAUUACAGUGGGGUCUGGUGCUUGUUGUGGUGUUUGGAUUUCAGCCAGAUUUCAGUCAGAAUCACCUUAAUCACCCGAAACACUGUUUACAAGGUUUUGUGCAUACAGACUUGGCAUGUGCUUCGUGGCUAACUUUGUAUAAGCUACAGGUUAGGUUCAGCCAUCACUGUGAAAUGCUUUUGCUAACAGGACAGGGGACUAAAGCAGGAUGAGGACAACUGAGUGCAAGAGCAGGCUAUGUUAGCAUCUUGAAAUUCUUGUUUCCUGUUUUUACAGAGCACGUACGUUUAGCCCGUUUUUAUGUUGAACCCACCAUACAUCUUAAGCAAUGAAUUAUGUCACUGUAACUAAUUUGAAUUUUUCAUUGUGUCUUUAAAUAUUUGCUGUUGUAUAGAUGUUAAGCUUUAAAAAGCAGUUUAGCUUAGCAUGAAGAUGCUCAGGCUUGAAGGUGGUGAGUGUUCGCUGCAUCGUCCAUGGUAGAGAACUGAGGUAUAUCUACUGUUGCUGUUUUUAAUUCUUAGCAGGUUGGUGAAUGUAGUAACGGGACUGGAAAUGUUCAGGUUUAGCGUGUAGGGUUUUUAAUUGCUCUGUAGUCAGUGCUCUCAUCACAGGAAUUUGGAGAGUCCUUGAGAAUUAGUAUAUGGUGAUUGAGUUACACAGCAUUCAUAAAAAGUGAGUGGUCAGGAAUUAGUGUUUACAUAAAAAUCAUCAGUACAGAGCGAUGCUCAAGAUUUUCAAGGUGUGGAAAAUAGUAUGGGAUCUGUCGGUGUCUCUACUUUAUAAUUAUCAAAACUAUUUCUACUGCCUUUGAAUGAAAUAAAAUAUUUAUACUUAUGGA